AUGUACUUUUUCACUAGGAGACGUCGUGCAAGCAGCAACGGCUCCAAGAGGUUUAGCCGAACCGUCGAUGAAGGGGGUCUGUGGGAUGGUCACGCCGCGGGCAAGGCCAUCCACAAAGCUGGGAAUGGCGGGGAGAAGAUCGAGAUUGGGCACAGGGCGCAGUUGGCGUUCAAGUUGUUUGAUGAUAAGAAGAGUAAGAAGAGCACCCUCUGGAUCUUGCACGAGUAUCGUCUUGUUGAUGACAAGGCUGAUGACGUGGUGCUCUGCAGAAUCCAUAAGAGGAAGGGAAAGGACGAGGACGAGGAGGAGGUGGCGCCAGUGUUUAUUAAUACACAACAGACGGCCGACGAACAAACUUCGUUGCCAGCAGCACAGCCUUUGGUGGAAGCUGAUGCGGUUGCCGCUGCUGAUGUUGAUGAUGAUGAUCUCUCACUUGUGCGGUUACUGGAGGAAGAACUGGUGGAGGUGGAGGUGGAGGAGCAAAGACGAGUGAAGAGGCAGAGAAUAGGAGGAGGAGGAGGAGGAGGAGCUCACCAAAUUCCAAUGAAUCAGGGACUGUUGCGGUCUCCAAUGGAUAAAAGAUGUGCCAAGAGGCAGAGGAUAGAACAAGAAGAAGCCCAUCAGGCCUCCGCUGUUGAUGCUGAUGACGGGCUAACAAUGACGUUAGACGAAAUCAAUACAAUCUUGGACGAGCUUCCUUCAAAUACCUCGCAGCAGCAACCAGCAGACCCUGUGGACGUAGAGCAACUUUUGAAAUGCCUCGAAGUUGAACCCUCAACGUCGUUCGACGGCUUGUCCUUUUGUCUAGACGGCCACAUACUACAAGAAACUCCGUCGCCAGCGGAGGGGGAAAGAAGUGUGAAGGGGGGAGAGGAAAUCAUGUCAGCCAUGCAGGACUGCUUGAACAUGCCAUUGCCCGCUUAUGCUGUCGGUGAUGAGUACUGUUACGAUUUACUAGCACUGGGCAUCUGUUAG